AAGAACGAUUGAAAGAGCUUAUAAUAUAUCAAGCAUUGCCGAAAACUAAAAAAAUAUUUAAGUGAGAGUGCGUGAGACUAAGCAAAGUUUUUUAGGGCUGAGUCGGAGUCUUAGCCGGGUGCACAUCAAUCUCUUGUUUCUUUUCUCGGUCUUAGUCUUUCCCUCUUCUGCUUCCCUUGUCUCCCAGUCCGGGGCGCAGCCUGCCUCUCAUCCGCUAAAUCUGACAAGGUAUCGGGAUCAGAACAGAAAAGGAUUACCUGUGCUGGAUGGGGGAAAAAGUUUCAAAAGGGGUGAAAUAAAGGAAUACCCUUUGUGUUUUUGUUGGCUACCAGCAGCUGAAAGAUUCCUUCAAAACUUACCUACCUACCUACACGGCUCAGCCUGCAUCCGAUAAGAGAUCUGGUCUGACAAAUACGAAAUAGGGAGGGGGUGUGGAGAAAAAGAAGACGGGGAAGAAAAGGAGACAGACUUAAGAGUAAGUGGGAGGAAAAAGGUCAGUAAAGUCAAACCAGGAAUAUUGACGUAUCACAUUGAGACGGGCCAGAGGGAAGAGACGCUUUUCAAAGGUUGAGAAAGGAGAGAGCUUGUCACACAAGACACGCUCCUUAAACCAAAAAUCAGCAGACCGUAACGGGAAGGCUGUGGAAAAGUGGGACGUAUUCCUGAACGGCAGUAAAGAAGCUCUGAAAAGAAGUAAAGAAGCAGCCCAGUCCUAGAAGAGAUCCCUGAACUGUGGAUUGUGCUGUGCAUGGGGUGUGAGCCGACCGUCAGGAUGCGCUCCCCGUCUCUCCUGGCUCUGCUGUUCUUAAUCUACGCUGGACAAGCACAGAAGUUUUCUGCACUUACGUUCCUUCGCGUGGACCAGGACAGAGAGUGCAACAUGGAGUGUUCCGGAGCAGCCCGGAAGCCCCUCUGUGCCUCAGAUGGACGCACUUUCAUGUCGCGCUGCGAGUUCCUCCGUGCCAAAUGCCGUGACCCUCAGCUGGAGGUCAUCCGGGGGCCCUGCAAAGAAACUUCCAGGUGUGUGGCCGAGAAGAAAUACACAGAACAGCAGGCGAAGAAGGUAUAUCCCCAAGUGUUUGUGCCGGUCUGCAAUCCCGACGGCACCUACAACGAGGUACAGUGCCACAGCUACACAGGUUACUGCUGGUGCGUCACGCCCAAUGGUCGCCCCAUCAGUGGAUCAGCGGUAGCCAAUAAGAAGCCGCGGUGCCAAGGUUCGAAACAUGAGAAGGUGAACACCAAGGAACCAGGCAAAGCAGAUGAAUCCACAGGAAUUGUGGUGGAGCCACCACCCCCUACUGACGAGGAAGAUAUCAUCUCCCAGUAUCCUACGCUCUGGACUGAACAGGUCCGGAGCCGGCAGAACAACAGGACCAGGACACAAGGUGGGUGUAUUUCCGCGAGCUCAUCCUGUCCGUCCGGAACAUCGGCACAGAGGGCUGGUAUUUUCCUCCAAGAAUCAGGCCCAGCUGACUGUUUUCCUAGGCACCCUAGCAUACCUUGUGCAAAUGGACACUUGUAUUGUAUAUACAUGUCUACAGCAUUGCUCGAUAUGAACCCUGUACUGCAGCAUUGUGGGAGUUAUCCAGAGAUGGCAUGUUUGCUUUUCUGCAUCCCGUGCAGAUACGAGCAGCCGAAAUGCGACGGAAACGCCAGGGCCCAUCCGACAAAGCCCAAGGACCACUUCAGGAGCAGACACCUCCAAGGAUGCCCUGGAGAGAAGAAGACAGAGUUUCUCACCAGCGUCCUGGACGCCCUGUCGACCGAUAUGGUGCACGCUGUUACCGACCCAGCUUCUGCGGCCAGGAUGCUGGAGCCCGACCCCAGCCACACACUGGAGGAGAGGGUUGUGCACUGGUAUUUCAGUCAGCUGGACAAGAAUGCCAGCGGUGACAUCGGCAAGAAGGAGAUCAAGCCCUUCAAGCGCUUCCUCCGCAAGAAGUCCAAGCCCAAGAAGUGCGUCAAGAAGUUCGUGGAGUACUGCGACAUCAGCAACGACAAGUCUCUCUCCCUGCAGGAGCUGAUGGGAUGCCUGGGCGUUACGAAGGAGGACGGAGCAAAGGCAAGUGAAAGCACAAUUUCCAAUAAACAGAACCCAGUAAAGAAGCAAGGCUAGAGUGAAACAGGGCACACAAAAUAGGAAGGCCAGAGAUUCUCCCCCACCAAACGGCAAUGGAAACCAUAGUAUUUGCACUUUGUACUUUAAAAUGUAAAUUCACUUUGUAGAGAUGAGGUAUUUAAACAGACUGCUGAAUCUGUGAAUGACUUAGUUAGCUUUUUUAUGUCUUUAAAGAAAUAAUUUAACACAUACAAUGUAUGUGUCCUUCAUGUCUAAAGGUAUACUUUUCUGAGUUGUACAAGUUUUCAUGUAUUUUUGUUGCAUUUUAUGUUUUUGUUUUUUAAUUGUUGGUAUUUUAUAGCUGAUGUACGGAUAGUUUGUUAAAGCAAAUAAUUAGAGCCUUUGUAUCUUGUAUGUACUGAACUAGCGACCAAACAUUUUCAGAGCUCUGUAAAGUAGUUUUUAAGUAUCUUAAACCAGAAUUGUUGCAAAAUAAAUGUUCUUGAGAUGGAUCUGCAUAACUAGUUAAUAAAUAACUGUUUUUUUUACA